AAAAAAGGGGAUUUUAACAUUAUCCAGAAAGUGUUAAGGAAAAAGAAGACUACCAGCUGACCAGCCACCGAUGAAACCCAUCACCCACGACUGCCACGUAGAGUCUACCCCGCAAUUUCCACCUCUUUUACAAGUAAUUGACCCCUCCCUCUCUUUCCAAUCUACCAAACACUUUCUUCACUUUCCACCAAAAUUUCCCCUUUCCCCAUGGCUCGUCUUCUCUCCAAUUCCAUAGCCCGAACCCUGACCCGACCCGUAUUCUCUCCACCUCUUCCCCUCACUCUCCGUCACCGUUCCAACUCCAAUCGCUCCGGAGACGGAUCCGGCGAACCACCUCACCCUCAGUUAAUCGAGAUCGACCUUGAUUGCUCUUCCUCCGGCGAAUCAGACGGCGGAAUAAGAAAGCUAGAGGAAGUGAUCCAUUCGGUUAUCGUGAGACGUUCCGCACCAGAUUGGUUACCUUUUUUACCUGGAUCGUCUUACUGGGUCCCACCUCCUCAGCCGUAUGUGAAAGUAGGUGGUGGAGGUGGAGUUGUACAUAGUCAUCGUGGUGCUGAUUUUGAUCCUCAUAGGAUUCUAGAGGUUGUUGGUAAGAUGGCUGCUGUGAAAGGUCAUUUUGGUGGUGGUUCUUCUUCUAUGUCGUUGUUAUCGGAGGAUGAAACGAGGUCCGUUGCUCGUCUUCGUGGCUGGCCUUCGUCCUCGUUUUUUACCGGAGCGCCAACUAUUCAUGAUCGACAGACCGAUACCGACGACGACGUAGGCGCACCGGCAACAGGAAAUACAUUCCCAUCCCCAGUGCAGAUGGUAGAAGUGGAGGUGAAGCUUGAGGACAACUCGGAUUAUGACUCUAAAUCUGAGGACGAAGGAUAAAGGACCUGUCUUUGUUUUAGCUUUUAGUAAACUUGUAAAUUCUUUGAAAACCUGGAAAACAUAAGAAGCUGCGCUUACCUCAGGAAGGACGAGCAAGCAAAGUUACACAUCAGAAUUUAAGCUCUUCCAUCCGUGCUCUUGUUCGGUGUAGUGGUUCAAUGCUCAGCUUACCUAGAAAAAUCUAUGUAUUUAUGGUGUUUAACUUUAUGAUCUGGAAAAAUAAUCAGCCUGUUAAAUUUAAUGCUUUUUGUUUUUGGUCUAA